AUGCCGGCCAAAAACUGGGCCGUCGGCGACAAGCUGAUGUCGCACUGGAACGGCGAUCUCUGGUACGAGGCGAAGAUCGUCAGCAUCGAGGAAAUCGACGGCGUCAAGCACUACAAGAUUCAUUUCAAGGGGUGGGGCAACCGCUACGACGAGCUGGUCAGCGAAAAGGAGACGGCCACCAAGUGGAAGGAGUACAGCGAGGAGGCCGCCGGGGAAGCCCUCGAACAACAAAAGAUGGCCAAAAACGUCACGAAAAAGGAGAAAGACUUUGUAAAAACACUUGGCCGGACGCUGAACGAGGACGAGCAGAUCGUGAUCACCUACGCGGCCAACAACGGCGACGCGCUGCUGAGCACGAAGCGGCAGAAUCUGGCCGAGACGGCCGCCGGGCUGCUCGCCUUCUUCGACGCGUCGAUGGGGGCCCAUUUGCUCACGAAAUUUGAGCGCAACCACUACAAUCAACUUCUCCAGGAGCACGCAACAAAAGCCGCCCCGCCCGCCAAACGACCGAAGAUGCGCGGCGGUGACGCGGCGACGACCAACGCCUUCAAGCCGUCCGAGUUCUACGGCUUCACCCAUCUCCUUCGGAUAUUCGUCACGUUCGGCACGCUGCUCCAGAAUGUGCAGUGGAAGGAUCGAGCAGUCGCCGUUAUUGUUAGGGACACGCAAGACAUCAUCUACUGGCUCGACCAGAACAAGGAUCGGUACUACAACGGCGAGGAAUACGAAACGCCGCCCCCGGAUUAUGUUAAGAACGCCUUUUCC